AUGGACGAAUGGGCGACCUUUUUCGCCCAUGCACUCGAUCGGCGUCUCCCCACCGACAAGUUGGAGCAAUUCGCAAAAGUCCUCAGCAUCAAGGCACCUCUCGCCACUCCUCUUAUUGCUGAGCUGCUGCUACGUCCCAGCGAAUCCAGACACUACGACUUGGACCCGCAGGUCUCUCUUUACGCUCAAGCUCUCCUCCGUACCGACAUCCUUGACGUGCCCUCGGUCUUGCGCGCGCUGCUCAGACACUCUACCUCUCGCCCUGUUGACGCUGCGAAGGAGGAACAAGAAGUCGCCAGCGGCUCUCAGACAAGAUGGACAAAGAGUUACGGUCAUGAAGAGAGGCUAGUCUAUGGCCUCUCAAAGAUUGUGGCAGCCGGGGACCGACCAAAAUCUGCCCAAGAAGCUCUGGGGACGGCGAACGUGCUCACGGAGUGGAUGCGCUUGUUGGUCAUGUCAAACGCGGCAGAUGAUAUGAUGCGGGAAAUUGGAGCGGGGAAUGACAACCAUAACCAGGAGGCUAUGGCUGUGAGGGUCGCGGUUGGCGCGCUGUUAGUUGCGCUGGCUGAGAACGCGACAGUGAAUGAGGCGCUGAAAAACCGGUGUCCCAAGGAUACCCUGAAAGGAUUCUCGCAGUCACUAGCGCAUUUUACGCCGCUUCUCAUCAACGGAUCUUCCAUGUUCGCCGAGAGGCUCGAAUUAUACACAAAGACACUUGUGGCCAUGGAGCCCAUCGAUAAAAAGGCCCAGAAGGCUGGUGCUGAAAUAGACCAGAUUAUAGACUCCGCCAUGGCACUUGGUAUGGACAAUAUACCCGUGGUUGAAAUACCCACCAUGAACUCAAGAGCUGGUCUCUAUGUGUAUCUAAAUUCUUUGCUGACUGGAAGACCCAUGGUUGAUGACAACCAACUUUUAAAUUUCCUCCAUAACCGAUACCAGGGCGAUAUCCAAACGACAUGUAUUGACCUCAUCGUGUCCUCCUUUGACAUUCUUGCCAAUGCAAUUUUUCGCUCUGAAAACCCUCAGACGACAUUCCUCCUACGCUCGUUCCUAAUCAACAAAGUACCUUUACUGAUAUGCAUGAUAUCGGCCCCGAUGUUCCCGCCUCUAAGUCCGGAGUUAUGCAUCACAGAAGCACUGAGCCAUGUAGAUACCAACGCCUUUCCGACCUUCUCAUCUAUGUUCGAUGACAACAGUGCUGGUGAUAUGUUCUCAGACUCUGUGAGACAGGAUUUCUGCUUCUCGUGCUGUCUGCACGGCCUGAUCCCAGAAGAGAGCAUAGAACGACUUCUGGGUGAGAUCCCAAUGCAGACAUUACCAGCAGGCGGCCGCUACUCCAAGGACGAGGUCUUGGAGCAGUGUCUCUCUGACUCUGAGAAGAUUGAGGCGUUCACAGACGAGCUGGAACACAUGGACGGGAACGUGGGUGCGGUUAGUCAGGCCAUAACGGAGCUACUUCGCCGUCUCUGCGAGAGCAAAGAUACCAUGGCCCUGAAGUCCCUCUGUGCCCACCUCGCACGUAAGCCGUCGUCGCUUGACGUACUCUUGAUCUUCGACAAGCCCCUCACAAUUUUACCACCAAUCUGCCAGCUUCUUGACGCCUGGCGCUAUGACGACGACCAAGGCGAGUACCAGCCUGUCUACGAAGACUUCGGCUCCAUCCUCCUGCUCGUUCUGGCGUUCGUGUACCGCUAUGAUCUCAGUGCCACAGAGCUUGGUGUCCAAACGCCAGAUUCUUUUAUUGCAAAGUUGCUCGUUCGUGUGUCAACUGCACGGCUUCUGGACGAUUUAUCAUCUGUGGAAUCGUCGCAGCUGGAUGGAUGGAUCAAGGGCCUCUUCAAUGCAGAAGGUGGCGGGUUAGGGGAUGAACCUAUGGCGCUUUGUCCCCCGCAGGACUUUUACCUCCUCGUCCCCACUCUCUUUAGCCAGAUUGUGCUGGCAUCCCAACAUGGCCACCUAACUGACGACGUCCUCCGAGGCGGCCUUGAAUACCUUCUCGACCCCUCACUUCUUCCUUCACUCAUCCCCGCCCUACUAUCACUAGCAUCCAACAUUCUCACUGCCCCACCUCCACCAUCUCUCUUACAGGCUCUCAUUCUACCCCAAUCUAUCUCAGCAGAAGCCUCACUCCUCCAUAACGCCAUCCUCCCCAUUCCCGCCCCUCAUCUCUCACGCUCCCUGCGCGCACUCCAACGCUCAGCCCCAACCCGCACCGACCUUGACCCUCUCAUUGCCGCUCUCCGUCCACACCUACACUUUUCCCGCACCACCAUCGAUAUCACCACUGACUUCCCCGUCCCACCGAAUAUCCCCACCGCCGUCCGCCACGCCGCUCGGGCUCUUAUUAACUGGAACCCACCAGCCGCACCGCCGAAUUACUCUCCCCGCCUCCCGGUUCUUGCAGUACGCAUGCUUGGGGCGAGAAGGGCGCUACUUGCGCUACUAGAGGAGCUAGCUCAUCAGUGUGCGCUGGGGAAUUCGGGAACAGCAUAUGAUGUCGUCGCGUCUUUGGUGUGUGCGCCACCCAAAGCAGCAGCUGGGGUUCAGGGCCGUAUGACUCUGCGAGAGGCCUUGUCAUCAGAGGCGGCGAAAGUGGGUGCAGAAGUUGGAAAGGAAGGGCCAGAGGCAGAAAGGGCAGAGGUUGUUGUGAGGUUGUAUCGGAGAGUUGAGGCGUUAUCAGCGGGAGGAGAGAUUGAUGAGCAGGCUGGAUUGAUGGGCACAGAUUUGGGGAUUGGAGGAGUUGGGGGAGAAGGGCUGGUGGGGGAGGACAUGAUGGGUGUGCUCUCGGAAGAGGGAAUGAUGGGGUUGGAAGGAGGUAUGUUGGAUGAUAUGAAGCUUGACUUUUAA